GGACCCCGCUGGGGCCGGCCGGCUCCAGCCGCCUGGUGCCAGGCAGCCGCGCUGAGGCGGGGAUCCCGCUGGGGCCGGCCGGCUCCAGCCGCCCGGUGCCAGGCAGCCGCGCUGGGGUGGGGACACCGCUGGGGCCGACCGGUUUCUGCCGCUUUGGUGCCAGGCAGCCGCGCUGAGGCAGGUCCCCGUUGGGGCCGGCUGGCUCCAGCCGCUCGGUGCCCCGGGAUGAGGCAGCUGCUGGCUUGCUGUGUGCAGUAGUCUAAAAGGCAGCUGGUGGACUGCAGGGCAAGCCACUGCCUAAAAACGGGAGUGACAGAGGCACCUCCCAUCCCCACCCUCGGAGCACCUUGCACGGAUGUUGCUCUGCGCCCGCAGAAACUGGCCACGUGUGUUUAAGGGACAGGCUGUGCCCAGGAGGCUUUUGCUCCGAAGGCUCCCAACGUCAUGAUGUCAGAGCUGAGUGAUGAAGCCAGCGAAUCGGAGCUCCUGAACCGCAGCCUGUCCAUGUGGCAUGGGGUAGGCCAGAUGAUCUGUCGAGAAGAGCUGGAUGUUCCACUAGACCUACACACAGCGUCCUCCAUUGGCCAGUAUGAGGUGGUGCAGGAGUGCAUUCAGCGUGGGGAACUGGAUUUAAAUAAGAGAAACUGUGGUGGCUGGACCCCACUGAUGUACGCCUCCUACAUCGGGCAUGAUACCAUCGUGCAUCUGCUGCUGGAGGCGGGAGUGAAUGUGAACGUCCCGACGCCGGAAGGGCAGACCCCACUCAUGCUGGCCUCCAGUUGUGGCAAUGAGAGUGUUGCCUACUUCCUCCUCCAGCAAGGCGCAGAGCUGGAGAUGAAGGACAUUCAUGGCUGGACUGCCCUCUUCCACUGCACCAGUGCUGGACACCAGCAGAUGGUCAAAUUCUUACUGGACAAUGGGGCGAACGCCAACUGCAAGGAGCCUGUGUAUGGAUAUACACCUCUGAUGGAAGCAGCUGCCUCUGGCCAUGAGAUAAUUGUCCAGUAUCUUCUCAAUCAUGGCGUGAAGGUGGAUGUGAGAGAGAACACAGGAGCCACGGCACGGACUCUGGCCAUGAAGUAUGGACACAUGAAGAUCGUGGGGCUGAUGGAUCUACGUGCAGCCCCCAUGCCCAAAGUCUUCUGCAGGGGCCCAGGAAAAUACUGUGAAGAUCUGAGCUCCUCGGAUGAAUCGUGCUCCACUCCCCAGAGACAGAGACCAGUCCGUAAGACCAAGGGCCCCAGUAUCCAUGAGGGGCCCCAGGCUUUGGCUAAGAUAACAGCUGUUGGAAUUGCAGGGAAGAAGCAGUCUCGCUGUGAGCAGGUCCCUCCACAGGGCUACGUUACGUUCAGUGACAAUGGCAGCUUUGAAGGGGAGGAUCUCCGGUUCCGGGAUGUCACCUCUCCAAUCAACGAGCAAGAUGUGGAAAGUAGCAGCAGCAGGGAAGAGAAUGCUUUCUUCAUCAACAACUUGGACAUCAUCAGGAGCAGCAGCAGCAGUAGCGAGUGUCUGCCCAAAGCCCUGGGGGUCAGCAGUGAGGGCUCCCUGGAAAGCAAUGAGGACUCUGACCAUGCAGAAAAGCUCUCUAGUCGGAAACAGGCUAAAAGCUAUGUGAAGAUCAAGACCCGGUACAGCAACUGUGACAGCCAGUGGUCUCAGAGCCCAGGCAAAGCUGGGGUGUCUAGUCAGCACUGUACGCUCCCUAACCCAGAGGCCACCACCUACACAGGACCCCAGGAUCUGGCAACAUUCCUGGAGCAGAUCGGGUGUCUGAAGUACCUCCAGGUGUUUGAGGAGCAGGACAUCGACCUCCGGAUCUUCCUGACCCUCACAGAGAGUGAUCUCAAGGAAAUAGGCAUCACCCUGUUCGGGCCUAAGCGAAAGAUGACCUCUGCCAUUGCUCGAUGGCACAGCAAUGCCAGGCCUCCCAGCGAUGCCCUAGAACUGGCCUAUGCAGAUCGGCUGGAGGCGGAAAUGCAGGAGAUGGCCAUUCAGCUGCACAAGAGGUGUGAGGAAGUGGAAGUGAUGAAGGGCCAGGUGUCCCAGGAGCAGGAGCUGCGGGCGGUGGUCGAGAGCUGCUUGAUGGAGCGGGACGUGGCUUGGAAUGAUGUCCAGAUCCAGUUGCGGGAGGCCCAGGCUAUCACCAGGGACGCUGGGGUCCUGCUAGAGCAAAUGAAAGCCUGUCAGGUGGAGCUAUGUUCCCGGCUGAAGCAAGGGCACCUGACUGGCAGGAUGCUGGAGACCAAGGCAUGGCUGGGAGCUGAUGAGGACAGAUGGCCCGAGGGAGAAGGUCUAGAAGGAGGGUCAGUUUCCUUGAAGUCCCUGAGUCUGCCUGAGCUGUCAGCUUUCCUGGAGGAGCGUGUGGGAGAUAUAGGGAAUGCCCUGCAUUCUGUGACUCAGAACCUUGUGCGGCUACAGACCUCGGAGCGAGGCAAGCAGAGCUGGCCAGAGCCCUAAUGAAGCAGGAUGGAAUUCUGACGUCGGGUGAUGGUUCCACCCGGAAGCUGAGUGCCUGGGAGAACGAGCGCAAGGCUGGUCUGCCAGCACGGCUCCUCUGCUGAGAGCGCCAAGGAGGCAGGCGGGCGCCUGGAGAAGGGGGUCAGCCAGCUGGGGACGGCGGAGAACGAGGAGUCAAGUGGGCAGGCGGCCUCGGCUGGGCUGAUCUCCGGGUUCCUGUCACAGACGGUUUGCUUUCCCUGUCCAAGGGUUAGAGUGUUAAGAGCUGAAGCAUCGGGGCUAAUUGGCCUCUAGCUGCCCAUGGAGAGACUGCCUCAGUUUCACUUAAUGCUGCCUGAUAUUUUUACAGAGCUCUUGUCUGUAGCAGUCAGAUUCCCUUAUGCCCCUCCCUGCCACAACCCCUCGUAACUUGUUCCCUCCAUUUGGUCUCUGCCCGUGGGCUGACCCAGCAAACGUGUGACACACAGAGCAAAGGCCAGCACAGUGGUGGCUGGUGGAGUGAGAUCCAGUGCUUUGGAAAUGGGAGAGUCCUGCAGUUCAGUGGGCUGGGCCUCCCCUUUGAGACAGGAUCAAACAGCCCCAAGCUGCAGCCCUCGGAGGAUCUGGGAGAUUGAAUAUAGCGGGCUCUGCAGCUCUAGCCUGUGGAGAGCUCCCCCUCCUGGCAGCCUGCAGCGGUUCAGCUGUUACCGGCUUCCGAGGAGGCAGGAGCUAUGGGAUCACUUGAGUGUCCUAACUAUGCUCCUCUGUUUGGUUAUGGGUGCAGACCCCCCAUCAGCGCUGACUUGGCAGCUGGCCCUGAUCCUUCCUGCAGUCCAUGAAUGCCCACAUUAACCCCCCAGGGUAGCACAUUUCAAAGGCCUUGCUUCUGCCGAGUCAGCGUGCUCCAGAAGCUUCUGCCGCAGGCAGCAGCUCCUGCUGGUGCAGCACUGGCCCCUUAGGACGAGGGAGCCAGGAGCCACGUGAGAGGAGGGUGUGUGCGGCUCUUGCCUGAUGUGAGUUUAUACUAUCCCCAAGCACUUGUGUGUGAGCUACGUGCUCUGUGCUGCAUGCAGGGCUUGGCCCUGCAAUUGGUGCUAUAAAACCUGCCCCCAGGGUAACACCUGACCAUGAGCACCACAUCCCUCCCCUCAGGUCUGCCCCUAUGUGAAGGCAGGCAUCUAAGACCAGGCGCCUGUUCCAUGGGGGAUCCUCUCCCCUGGGAACCCAUUAGCUGGCUCCUCAGCCCCUAGCUCCUGUUCUUGCGUCCAAGCCUCUCUCCUUCAGACUUGAGCUUGGCACCUCUGCCCCCAUGAAUGGGCUUUCUGCCAGUCAUUUCUAGAUUCCUGCCCUUCCUGCAUGGAGGCUGCUUGUCCCCAAGGCAGCGGGCAGGGCUGCCCUCUUCUCCCUGCACUCUUGGGGAGCAGAAGGGACCUCCUGUUUUCUCCACGGGAUGGGCCUUUGAAGCUGCUGCAUGGGAAGGGUCGGAACAAAGCUCAGCCCAAGGUGGCUCAGGCUGGGCAUGUUUGGAAACCCUGGCUUCCAUCUCUUGAGGGUUUUGUGAGGCACCCUUUCUCGUGGCAUCCGUGGGCCUGAGUCAAACAUGCUGCCAGGCAGCUGAGUCCUGCUCUCCUCUGGGCCACGGGCAACCAGGCACUAGGCGUUGCGUUUUCCUUGUGCUUCUCCAUCCUCCUUUGCCAUCUCCUCCCGCUAGGAGGUCCCCUGCCGGGCUGCUCAUCCCUUCAUUUAGUGGACUGAAGCUUCCUGUCCUUCCUUCCCUCGAAGAACCCGUACAGUUGAGAAAUGAUUCCAUGCAGUCCUUAGCCCCCGCAUUGGCCCCACAGCAUGAGAAUGCUGGGCGUUGGGGUUGGACUCUUAGAUACUAGUGCCAUGGGCUCUUGCAGGGUAACCAGGAGGAGGGCGUGUGUGGGGCACAAGGGGAAGCUGCAGAGGCCUUUACCCAGGCAGGCAGGCGAGGCGCUGUGGGUUGACAGCACAAGAAUGAGAUGGUGAAUGGGGCUCUGUCAAGGCUCCUUCCCCGCUAUGAACUUUAAGGUACAGAUGUGGGGGCCUGCAUGAAAACUUCUAAGCUUAACUACCAGCAUAGAUCUGGUCCGCUGCCACGACUCCCAAUGUGCUAAUUCCCUUCCCUGGGUAGCCUUGAGAGACUCUUCACCAAUUCCCUGAUGAAUACAGAUUCAAACCCCUUGGAUCUUAAAACAAGGAGAAAUUAACCAUCCCCACUCCUCUCUCCCACCAACUCCUGAUGGAUCAAGAUCCAACCCCCUUGGAUCUAAAAAACAGGGGAAAUCAAUCAGGUUCUUAAAAAGAAGGCUUUUAACUAAAGAAAAAGGUAAAAAUCAUCUCUGUAAAAUCAGGAUGGAAAAUAACUUUACAGGGUAAUAAAACUUAAAGAGCCCAGAGGACCCCCCCUCUAGCCUUAGGUUCCAAGUUACAGCAAACAGAGGUAAACACCCUAGCAAAAGGUACAUUUACAAGUUGAGAAAACAAAAAUAAAACUAAUAUGCCUUGCCUGCUGUACUUACAAGUUUGAAAUAUGAAAGACUUGUUCAGAAAGAUUUGGAGAGCCUGGAUUGAUGUCUGUCCCUCUUAGUCCCAAGAGCGAACUCCCACCAAAACAAAGAGCACCAACAAAAGCCUCCCCCCACCAAAGAUUUGAAAGUAUCUUGUCCCCUUAUUGGUCCUUUGGGUCAGGUGUCAGCCAGGUUACCUGAGCUUCUUAACUCUUUACAGGUAAAAGGAUUUUGGAGUCUCUGGCCAGGAGGGAUUUUAUAGUAUUGUACUGUUGCCCUUCCCUUUAUAGUUAUGACAGGCUCUCCAGAGAGCUGAGUAAAAGAAACACACACACACCCCACCCCCCCACCCCCCAGCCUGCAACCUUAAAUGCUGCAGGCCUCAGACACUUCCCACUUAGCUGCCGGGUGCUUUUGAUGCCAUUAUCUGUAUGUGGAAAUGGGUCAUCUUCAGCCUGUGUUCCUGCUCCAGCCUCCGGGAGCUGGAAGUGAGAGCUCCGGUAACAGGGGCUGCUGCAGACCAACUGUGGCGUGCAUUGGCUCCUCACAUACACUGCUCUAGCUCGUGGAGAUGUCUUGGCCACUGGCUGCUCUGACCUGGUGCUGCUGCCCCUGGGAGCUCUCACAGGUAGUGUUCGCGUGGCUCAGGGUGCACUGUCCAAGUGACACGAUUUCCAAUUCUGUAUAGUGAUUUGGGGCAGCCUUAGUUCUUAGACAAAGACCGUGCCCCUGUGAUGGGGGCUAUGGUGAGCUGGGGAAACUACCUUUCUCUUUGCUGGUAAAGGGGAAAAAGCUGUAUUUUAUUUUUAGAUCUUGACCACAAACCCCAAAGUGCAAUACCUGCUGUGACUCCAUCCUUGGAGCCAGGAUCUCCCCUCUGCUCCGCUGCCCAAUGCCAAAGAGACUGGGCCAUGCAAAUGGCCUGCAGAGUUAAUCUCUGUGCCGGUGGAGCACUGAAUUCGCUGUGCUUUGGUGUUUCCAAACCUUCCUGGUUCGGUUCUCAAAACAGCAAGGAGGGGGGUGAGUUUGCCACACCAUACUCGGUUGCGUGGCUUUGUUUGUACUUCUGUUUUCUCUUACAUGUGAGACCAAAAUUAAUGCACACCGUGUUUGGUGAAUAAAUCUGAUUGGAUCUGU